CGCACGUUAACCAAUGUCCCAACACCGGCUCACUUUAGCAUCCUCCUUUUACAUCUCCACCUGUGUCUACGCUUCUUCUCUACUCUUCUCAUCGCGCUCUCUCUCAUCGCAUUAUCUCUCUUAGGAUUAGGGUUCGCCUUCCUUUUUAUCUACAACACCCUUAGCUACUUCUACCGUAUUUUUUUCCCCGCCCCCAGAAUUUCUCCAAUGCCCUUCAAAGAUCCCGGUUCUGGACUUUGGUUUUCACUCUGUAAUUUGAGCAACACAGUAGAUGGAUUUCAAGAAGAAAUACUCUUAUACAAAUCUCUUCAAUCUUGAGUCUUUGAUGAACUUUCAACUGCCGAAACAAGAUGAUGAUUUUGAUUAUUAUGAAAAUAGUAGUCAGGAUGAGAGCAAAGGUAGCCAAGGUGGAGCAGUGCGGAAACGCAGUAAUGGAUUAAUGUCAGAAAGGGGAUUGAAGAAGAAGAAGCGGAGCUUUAAUAGUAGUGACGACGACGAGGCUAGAAGUUACAGUCCUCAAAUUACAGAAGAGCGAUACAGAGCAAUGCUGGGAGAACAUAUUCAGAAAUACAAGAGGAGGCUGAAUAAUUCAUCGCAAAGUCCAGCAUCGAUCCGUACUGGAACUGCAGUUACAAAAAGUAGUAUAGGAACAAAAGAUCAGAAAUUGGCAAAUGAUCAUCGAUCCACUUCAGAUUUUCUCAACACCACCAAUUCUCAGAAGUUGGGAAAUUAUCAUGAGGCUGAGUUUGGACUUCAAUAUGGUGCAAUUAGACCAAAUUAUGAACCUGCCCUGUUGGACAUUGGGGAUGGGAUCACUUAUAGGAUUCCUCCACCAUAUGAAAAACUCGCUUCAUCAUUGAGCUUGCCAAGCACGUCAGACGUCAGGGUUGAGGAAUUUUACCUGAAAGGUACCCUUGAUUUGGGGUCAUUGGCCGAAAUGAUGGCUUCUGAUCGCAGGUUUGGAAAGAGGAACAAGGUGGGAAUUGCUGAUUCCAAGCCUCAGUAUGAAUCUCUUCAGGAAAAAUUGAAAGCCCAGUCAGCUAAUAACUCAGCGGAGAAGUUCAGCCUAAAAAUCAGUGAAGCUGCAUUACAGUCUAAUGGUAUUCCUGAGGGGGCAGCUGGACGGAUACAGCGGUCUAUCUCGUCGGAAGGCGGUGUCUUACAGGUUUAUUAUGUGAAAGUAUUGGAGAAAGGAGAUACAUAUGAGAUUAUUGAACGCAGUUUACCCAAAAAGCCAAAGGUGAAGAAAGACCCUUCCGCCAUCGAGAGGGAGGAAUUGGAGAAGAUUGGUAAAUAUUGGAUGAACAUCGUAAGAAAAGACAUUCCAAAGCAUCACAGGGCUUUCACCAACUUCCACAAGAAGCAAUUAACUGAUGCUAAGAGGUUCUCUGAACUUUGUCAAAGAGAUGUGAAAGUGAAGGUCAGCAGAUCGCUCAAAUUGAUGAGGGGUGCUGCAAUUCGAACAAGGAAACUGGCUAGAGAUAUGUUAGUAUUCUGGAAGAGAGUUGAUAAGGAGAUGGCGGAAGUAAGGAAAAGAGAGGAAAAAGAAGCUGCAGAAGCUUUGAAGCGUGAACAGGAACUUCGUGAAGCGAAGAGGCAGCAACAGAGACUCAACUUUCUGCUGUCACAAACUGAACUUUACAGUCAUUUCAUGCAGAACAAGACAACUACACAAACCUCUGAAGCAUUAACUGCAGGUGAUGAAAAGUCUAGCCAAGAAAUGCUGUUGAGUUCUUCAGAAGCUUGUCUCGAAGAGGACGACGACCUUGAAGAUGCUGAACUAAGAAACGAAGCUUUAAAAGCCGCCCAGGAUGCAGUUUCAAAGCAGAAAAUGAUGACAAGUGCAUUUGAUAGUGAAUGCUUAAGGCUUCGGCAAGCUAUUGAAACUGAUCCAAGCCUUCAGGAUGUCUCAGUUGCAGAGUCCAGUAACAUUGAUUUACUACACCCAUCAACCAUGCCUGUAGCUUCAACGGUGCAGACACCUGAGUUAUUUAAGGGUUCCCUUAAAGAAUAUCAGCUGAAAGGCCUACAGUGGCUGGUAAAUUGUUAUGAACAGGGCUUAAAUGGUAUUCUUGCUGAUGAAAUGGGCCUAGGGAAGACAAUUCAAGCCAUGGCAUUCUUGGCUCAUUUGGCUGAAGAAAAAAACAUAUGGGGGCCUUUUCUGGUUGUUGCUCCUGCUUCUGUCUUGAAUAACUGGGCUGAUGAAAUCAGUCGUUUCUGCCCAGAUCUGAAGACACUUCCAUAUUGGGGUGGUCUUCAAGAGCGUACGGUAUUAAGGAAGAACAUCAACCCAAAACGUCUGUAUAGGAGGGAUGCUGGAUUUCACAUUCUCAUUACGAGCUACCAACUUCUAGUUUCGGAUGAGAAGUAUUUUCGCCGUGUGAAAUGGCAAUAUAUGGUGUUGGAUGAAGCCCAAGCGAUUAAAAGUUCAAAUAGUAUUCGAUGGAAGACACUACUUAGUUUCAAUUGUCGAAACCGCUUGCUUCUUACUGGUACUCCGGUUCAAAAUAACAUGGCUGAGCUAUGGGCACUCCUGCAUUUCAUUAUGCCAACCUUAUUUGAUAGCCAUGAACAAUUCAAUGAAUGGUUUUCAAAAGGAAUUGAAGGUCACGCAGAGCAUGGUGGGACAUUGAAUGAGCACCAACUUAAUCGACUGCAUGCCAUUCUGAAGCCUUUUAUGCUGCGACGGGUCAAAAAGGAUGUGAUCACUGAGCUAACUGGGAAAACUGAGAUCACAGUACACUGUAAGUUGAGUUCUCGCCAGCAAGCAUUUUAUCAAGCUAUAAAGAACAAGAUAUCCCUUGCAGAGUUGUUUGAUGGAAACCGUGGACAUCUUAAUGAGAAAAAAAUUCUGAACCUGAUGAACAUUGUCAUCCAGCUGAGGAAGGUAUGCAAUCAUCCAGAGUUAUUUGAGAGAAAUGAAGGAAGCACAUAUUUUUAUUUUGGAGAAAUUCCAAAUUCGCUCCUCCCUCCGCCCUUUGGGGAAUUGGAAGAGAUACACUAUUCUGGUGGUAGAAAUCCCAUCACAUAUGAGAUUCCCAAAUUGGUCUACCAAGAAGUAGGCCAUGGUUCAAAGAUACAACACUCAGCAGCAGGGCAAGGUAUAAGCAGUGCAUCAUUCCAGAAGUAUUUUAACAUAUUCUCUCCAGGAAACGUUUAUCAUUCCAUAUUUCAGCAAGACUACAUUUUGGGUGGUACUUGUGUACAAAGUGGAACUUUCGGAUUUUCUCGCUUGAUUGAUUUGUCACCGGGGGAAGUAUCAUUUCUGGCAACUGGUUCCAUAAUGGAGAGAUUACUGUUCUCAGUUAUGAAAUUAGACAGGCAAUUUCUAGAUGGAAUGUUGGACCUGUUGACAGAGAAUGUGGAUGAUGAUAUCCACUUUGCUCACAUUGGUAAGGAAAAAGUUAGAGCGGUCACACGAAUGUUGCUAUCACCAUCUAAAUCAGAGUCAAAAUUACAUAUAAGGAGGCUCGCUGGGGUUUUUGGGGGUUCUCCCUUUGAGGCUCUAGUCAUGCCAUACGACGAUAGGCUACUAUCAAAUAUCAACAUUUUGCAUUCAGUAUACUCUUUCAUUCCAAGAACAAGAGCACCUCCGAUAAAUGCCCACUGUUCAGAUAGAAACUUUGCAUACAAGAUAACUGAAGAGUGGCAUCAUCCCUGGCUUAAGAGGGUGUUGAUUGGAUUUUCACGGACAUCUGACUGUAAUGGCCCUAGGAAGCCAGGGCCUCCCCACCAAUUAAUACAAGAGAUUGAAUCUGAAUUGCCAGUUUCUCAACCUGCUCUUCAGCUUACAUAUAAGAUUUUUGGGUCUUGUCCACCCAUGCAGCCAUUUGACCCAGCAAAGAUGCUUACGGACUCCGGGAAGCUUCAAACGCUUGAUAUACUGCUGAAACGUUUGCGUGCAGCAAAUCACCGUGUUCUUCUCUUUGCACAAAUGACAAAAAUGUUGAAUAUUCUAGAGGACUAUAUGAACUAUAGAAAAUAUAGGUAUUUAAGGCUUGACGGAUCGUCCACGAUAAUGGAUCGUCGAGACAUGGUUAGGGACUUCCAGCAUCGGAACGAUAUCUUUGUGUUCUUGCUGAGUACAAGAGCUGGUGGUCUGGGUAUUAACUUGACAGCUGCUGACACCGUCAUAUUUUAUGAAAGCGAUUGGAAUCCAACUUUAGAUUUACAGGCAAUGGACAGAGCUCAUCGGCUGGGUCAAACUAAAGACGUUUCUGUAUAUCGCUUGAUUUGUAAAGAGACAGUUGAGGAAAAAAUCUUGCAGAGGGCUAGUCAGAAAAACACAGUGCAGCAGCUUGUCAUGACAGGUGGUCAUGUUCAGGGUGACCUCUUGGCUCCAGAGGAUGUUGUAUCUUUACUGAUUGACGACACUCAACUGGAGCAUAAACUAAAAGAAGUUUCACAGCAGGCUAAAGAUAGGCAAAAGAAGAAAGGAGGAACAAAGGGCAUCCGGAUUGAUGCAGAAGGCGACGCAUCUUUGGAGGAUCUUGCAAACCCUGAGUUGCAGGGGACUGAAUCCGAGCCUACUGAUGCCGAUAAAUCAAAGUCCUACAAUAAAAAGAGGAAAAUGGCAUCGGAAAAGCAAACCCAACCGAAACCAAGGGCUCAGAAGAACUCCAAAAACAUUGACUCUCUGUCUCCUAGCACGGCGCCAAUGGACCAUGAGAUGGAUGAUCUCCCUCAGAACACACCACAACAAAGACCAAAGAGGUUGAAGAGGCCAACAAAGAGCGUGAACGAAAACAUUGAACCUGCAUUUACGGCUACGUCCACCCCAGUUCAAGACGGGAGUCAUAAUCAGCUGCAACUUGUCAGUCCCUAGUGCUAAAUUCGAGUUAUGCAUGACAGCCGAAGACAGGUACUACGCCAAUGUACAGUAGAGAAUGGCUCAACUCGAACUACAUUUUAGUGCAGACUCGCGUAGAACAAAGAAUCAGAGCAUGUUGUUGCUUCCAGAUUCUACACCAGAAAAAUAGUGUUAAUGUAUAGAUGUAUUACAUUUUCCCUUUCAAUAACCCAUUUUUGUUGUAAAAACAGCUGUAUCAGAUGGUAAAAUUAAAUCGUUUAAUGCUCUAA